AUGUUUUUGGAAGGAGAGGACACCACUUUAGACUGGUUCCCGGUCAGUGGUCUGGUUGACGGCCAAUGGCACCGCGUGGCUGUGAGUGUGUCAUCUGUUAGGCUGGCGCUGUAUGUGGACUGUGCCCUGGUGGAGAGUGUGGACUGGGUGUACCAGGGUAUGGGCAUCACCCCUGAAGGCCUACUGUUGGUGGGGGUCAUAGAGGGCUUCGAGACACCCUUUGAGGGCCAGUUCCGACAGCUGACGUUCCUGAUGGGCGACACAGACGCCGCCCACCACCACUGCACUCUCCACCCUGCCCAGUGUGGGGGUGCUGGGUUCAAGUCCCCCCGCUCCCCACGGACCAACCACGCCCUGGAGAAGCUCCUGCUGUCCUCAAAUGAACUGGAGGACCUGCUAGAGAGAUCCAAGGACUCCUCUUUCUUGGACGUGCAAGUGGGGAAGACUGAUGUGUUUGGGCAGAGUGGGAGUCGGCGUGGGGAUGGGACAUGGGGUCCCCGCCAGAAAGGCUCGGUGGGACGAGGGGACGUCUUUUUGGUGGACGAGGACACAGACCUGGCUGAUCCAAACCUCCAGGGGGGACAUCUCAACCCUCAGUGGAAACCCAGCAGGCAGGGCCCCAAAGACAGCCACGAGGGCAAGCCUGAGCCCUCCUCCAAACUCCUGGAGGAGAACAUCACCACGGACAAGAAGACGAAAGACUCCGGAGGGAGGGGCGUCGGCCUGUUUCCCGCAAAACCCUCGGAGGACAUCAUUAUUGAUUUGGACGCUGGGUCUUUCCCGAAGAAGCCCUCUGUGGAGUUUCCCCGCGUCGUUAAGACUCAGAUAGAGACCCCCCUGGACCCGGAGCACCCAGACUCUAACCUGCUGAGAGAGGAGGUGGAGGGGCCUCAGACCCCUUCUCGGACUGCACUCGCCCCCACCUCAGAGCCCCCUGCCCCACCUUUGGAGGCUGUGACUGAGGAGCGGAGACCAACCACACACAUCCCCACCCAGCCUGACCCAAACCCUGACCGGGCUAAUACUGUGGAACGAGGACCAGAACGCCCAGGCACAGUGACCAUCGUACACAGGGAAGGGGACCUGGUUCUGGGCUCUGAUGGCCAGAUGUAUAGGCUCCAGAGAGGGCCCCCAGGCAGAAUGGGGCCCCCAGGAAAGGAUGGUUUUCCCGGUCACAGUGGCUUACGUGGGUUUAAAGGUGACAGGGGCCAGCUGGGGCCUGAGGGACGUGUAGGGCGACAGGGGGAUCCAGGCCCCCCCGGCCCAGCUGGUCUGCCGUCUUUCUACCUGUGGAAGAACACUAUUGAGGAGUGGGCUGCUUUUCGGCAAACCUCUUUCUACCAGUUGCUCUACGCUGGCUGGCCUAGGGAGCAGGGACCCCCAGGACCAGCUGGGGAGAUGGGGAAGACGGGCCCACAGGGGCCAACAGGUGAUCCUGGCCAACAAGGGCCUCCGGGAAUAAUUGGAGAAAUGGGUGAGCCGGGCCCAAAGGGCGUGGCGGGCAGAGCAGGGCUCCAUGGGAAAUAUGGAGAGAAUGGGCAGGACGGUCAGCCUGGGAUGCCGGGUGACCCUGGGCGACAGGGACACUUCGGGUAUAGGGGAGAAAGCGGUUCCAAAGGAGAAGAAGGGGACGAGGGCCUUAUUGGAGCCAAGGGUCCAAAAGGACAUAUAGGAGAACCGGGCUUGAAGGGCUCUAUUGGUUUACCAGGCCGUCCCGGUUAUGUUGGUCCACCAGGGCCUCAGGGAGUCAGAGGGGCCACAGGUCCCGAGGGAAACCCCGGACCUGACGGGGAGGCUGGGUUUGAUGGGCCUCCAGGGCCUCCUGGGUCAGUGGGAGCCACUGGUUUCACAGGCCCUGUCGGCGCUCAGGGAGCUAAAGGCUCACAGGGAGAGUUCGGCCCUGUUGGAGUCAUCGGCCCCAGAGGCCCCCAGGGACCCCAGGGUUUAGAUGGCGAGAGUGGGCCUCCAGGACUCAGGGGAAUCCAGGGACAGCCUGGGAUGAGUGGUGCCCCUGGUCCGAAAGGUGAUCCUGGGCCUAUGGGGAUAAUGGGUAUCCGGGGUGAGCCAGGGUUCGAGGGGCCCAUGGGGCCACUGGGAACACAAGGUCCAAUGGGUUUCCCUGGUAUUACUGGCAAGAGAGGACCAGAUGGGGACAAGGGGGACCCUGGACUGAAGGGGGAGAGAGGUGUUCAGGGUGCUUCGGGCAUCCAAGGGCCUCAGGGAGAGAGGGGUCCUAGUGGCUUCCCUGGCUUUACAGGGCUCAAAGGUCAACCUGGCACUAAAGGCAUUGGGGGGGAGAAUGGAGAAACUGGCCCUCAGGGAAAACUGGGCAGAGAUGGGCUGAAGGGGAAUAGGGGACCAGAUGGCCGAAACGGCCAGCCUGGACACAGAGGGACCAAGGGUCGCAUCGGACAGAGAGGGCAUGAUGGCCAGCCUGGUUCACCGGGUUUGCCAGGCCCACCUGGGACAGAGGGACCAGAAGGAAAGCCUGGUACACAGGGUCUCUCUGGUUCAGUGGGAAUAACUGGCGAUAAAGGCCUAAAGGGAUUCCAGGGCAUUGCUGGAGAGCCAGGUCUAGAUGGCCGUUCAGGCCCUCUGGGCCCACCUGGACGGACAGGACCAACAGGUAUCCCUGGGCCACCGGGAGAGAGGGGCUUCACCGGGAAGGAAGGUGUGGAGGGACCCCAGGGGCCAGUAGGCAUGUAUGGUUUUCCGGGAAGCGUGGGAAUGCGUGGCACAAAUGGUCACAUCGGAGAUAGGGGGGAGAAUGGUGUGAGAGGCCUGCCUGGUCUUACUGGGAAGCCUGGAUCUCCAGGUUUAUCAGGACCUCCUGGGGAGAGAGGCCCUCCAGGACCUCAGGGUCGGCUAGGGGAUCUGGGACACACAGGGCUAGAGGGCCCACAGGGCCCCACGGGUCUGCAGGGCUCAGAUGGAGCCACAGGGAAGCCAGGACCCAGGGGAAGCAGGGGGCCUCCGGGGCCACAAGGCCCUGAUGGACCAGCAGGAAUUCCAGGAAUGACAGGUGCUGGUGGACUAAUUGGACCAGCAGGGGAAAGAGGAGAAAUGGGUAUGCUGGGACCUUCUGGUGAUCUUGGUCCUCCUGGAUUGGAUGGCGAACAGGGCACUCCUGGCCAAUCAGGGAUGGAGGGGCCAACAGGAACGAAAGGGGAAAAGGGGGACCUAGGGCCUUGUGGGAAGCUUGGUCCUCCAGGGCAGCCUGGAGAUCGAGGCCUACAAGGGCUCAAAGGGUUGCAAGGCUCUCCUGGACCAAUGGGAAAAGAGGGUGAUGUUGGACCUCUUGGCGAUGCUGGUGGUCCAGGUUCCAAAGGGGAGAAGGUUAACAAACACUGACUUUUUG